UUGUUUUGCUUGGCAGUUUGCGACACAAUUUAUUUCAUGUGAAAGGAGUGGAAAGUGGGUAAAUGAAUAUGAAACAAUAUUGGAGAAUAUUGGAAUAGACUGGACUUUUGAAUGUUCGUGGCGAGAUGGCCAUUUACGCGGUGUAUAUUAUCAACAAGGCUGGCAGUUUGAUUUUUCACUACGACAAUGUGCCAAGUCGUGAGCCAGUUCAAAAGACGUUUACUUACCCAAUAGACAUAAAAUUCCGUGAUGGUGAACGGCUGAUUGUUCAUUAUGGAGAGCAGGCGGAUAUCAAGGUCGGCUAUGCCUUGAUAUCUGUAAAUGGUACACCCGUCAAUGGAAAGCUUAUGCCAGACGGGCAGAAAAUCCUUGACUUUUUGGAAGUGGCCAGCAAUUAUCCAGUAACACUACAAUUUCAGCUGCCACGUCCUUCAGCCAAUGAAAGGAUUAUGUUAGCCAGUAUGUUUCAUUCACUGUGGGCGAUAGCAUCGAAAUUAUCACCUGAGAAGAACUCCUCUGGAAUAGAAGUACUGGAAGCAGAGUCAUUCCAUCUUCAUUGCUUGCAUACGCUCACCGGUCUCAAGUUUUUGCUGAUGGCCGAUCCUGGACAGGCUGGUGUUGGUAGCUUGCUGAGGAAAGUGUAUGAGGUCUACGCGGACUACGCAUUGAAGAACCCAUUCUACUCUCUGGAGAUGCCAAUUCGAUGUGAGCUGUUUGACUAUCACCUGCAGAAAGUUAUCGAACAAGCCGGCAAUUCAUUGGGAUCAUUAUAGUAGAUGGUAGUGAGGCUUACGUGCUAUGCAAGAGCUGUAUCUAUUCUGUGUUUCCAAGUAUUGGAUUAUCUAUCCUUCUGAGACGGUCUAGUGAUCGUUCUAGCUAUCCGCCCGUUGGUCGGUCGCUUUCUGUCUCUCUCUCCGUCCCUCUCUCCUUCCCUCUCUCCUUCCCUCUCUCCUUCCAUCUCUCCGUCUCUCUCUCUUGUGUGUGUGUGUGUGUGUGUGUGUGUGUGUGUGUGUGUUGUGUGUGUAUGUAUGUGCGCACGCGUGUGCACACCCACAUGCACACCUACUCGCACUCUCUCUCUUCCUGUUUGUACAGUGAAUCGGUUCCUCCUAUAGUUUAGACAAUCUCCUUUUCUGUUGCCUGUAUGUAUAUGUCGCCUGUAAAUACCGUAGUGUACAUAUUGUCGUUUUUCUUGUAUGAUUCACUUAUUUUCUCUUUAGUUUAGCGAACUUGCAUCUCUCUUCGGCUUUCAUUGUUUUACCAACUUCUCUAUGAUUUCAAUGCUAACGCCCAUGAAAUGAAACAGGCAAAAGCCAGCAUCGAUGAUGCUUCUGGACUCGUCAAAUGUGUGCAUAUUUCACUAUUGAAUCGUGUUUGACUCCAUUCAUACUCGGAA